GCUGCUGCUUCUGCUGCUGCUGCUGUUGCUGCUGUUGUUGCUGCUGCUGCUGCUGCUGCUGUCGCUGCUGCCUGUGUAGCCAAGGCUUGAAGCUGUGGGAGGUGGGUCCCUGCGCUCCGGCGCCUGGGCAGCCCCAGGGCGGUCCCAAGGCCUGUGGAACAGCUCCUGGGAAGAAGGUGGCGGUUGGAACCGCGACCUUGGCCAGACCUAGUUCGGUGGUGGACGCAGGGCGGAGGCGGAGGCCGAGCCCCGGCAAGAGUCUUUGGCGAGCCAGAGGGAGGCGCAUCUGGCGCUUCUGUACCAGCGGCAACCCAGGGUCUUGUAAGGCUGGGAGAAGAACAGCAGGACCCGGAGAGAGCCAGCAGGUCUGGAAGGCGGACUCGUGGGUCCCCGAGCCCAGUUUUAGUCACCACCGGGAGCUAAGCCACGCGUCUUUUCGGGCAGCCAGUUUCACGCGCGCGACAGUUUGCGGGUUCCAGGCAUCCCAGUAAUCUUGAGCACUGAGGCGUGGCUGCUGGGAGCCAGAGCCACAUCCCAGAACUAGCCUGGCAGAGGAACCAGCUGCAGGUUUCACCGACCUAACCGCCAGGUCAGAUCGCCGGCCCCACCCUAAAAGAGGGCGCAGCCGGAGCUGGUAAGCGUGUGCCGCGCUCCCGAGUUCCUGUCGUGGGCGCCGUCCUAGUGGUGGGGAGCGCACCGCCAAGGGGACAUGAGAUCGGAGAAAUCCUUGACGCUGGCGGCGCCGGGGGAGGUCCGUGGGCCGGAGGGGGAGCAACAGGAUGCCGGAGAGUUCCAGGAGGCCGAGGGCGGCGGUGGCUGCUGUAGUAGUGAGAGGCUGGUGAUCAACAUCUCCGGGUUGCGCUUCGAGACGCAGUUGCGCACCCUAUCGCUGUUCCCCGACACGCUUCUGGGAGACCCUGGUCGCAGAGUCCGCUUCUUCGACCCCCUGAGGAACGAGUACUUCUUUGACCGCAACCGACCCAGCUUCGAUGCCAUCCUCUACUACUAUCAAUCUGGGGGCCGCCUGCGUAGGCCGGUCAACGUGCCCCUGGACAUCUUUAUGGAAGAGAUCCGCUUCUAUCAGUUGGGGGACGAAGCCCUGGCGGCCUUCCGGGAGGAUGAGGGUUGUCUGCCCGAAGGUGGCGAAGAUGAGAAACCACUCCCCUCCCAGCCCUUCCAGCGCCAGGUCUGGCUCCUCUUUGAGUACCCGGAGAGCUCUGGACCCGCUCGAGGCAUCGCCAUCGUUUCAGUGUUGGUCAUUCUCAUCUCCAUCGUCAUCUUUUGCCUGGAGACCUUGCCCCAGUUCCGUGCAGAUGGGCGUGGCGGAAGCAAUGAGGGUAGUGGGACCCGCAUGUCCCCGGCCUCCAGGGGGAGCCACGAGGAAGAAGAGGAGGAUGAGGAUUCCUAUGCAUUUCCCGGUGGCAUUCCACCUGCGGGGGUGGGGACCGGGGGAACGUCCUCAUUCAGUACUCUCGGGGGUUCCUUCUUCACGGACCCUUUUUUUCUGGUGGAAACUUUGUGUAUCGUCUGGUUCACUUUUGAGCUCCUGGUGCGCUUCUCUGCUUGUCCCAGCAAGGCGGCCUUCUUUCGCAAUAUCAUGAACAUCAUUGACUUGGUGGCCAUCUUUCCCUACUUUAUCACCCUGGGCACUGAGCUAGUGCAACGUCACGAGCAGUCCGUGAGUGGUGGCAGUGGCCAAAAUGGGCAGCAGGCCAUGUCCUUAGCUAUCCUCAGGGUGAUUCGCCUGGUCCGGGUGUUCCGCAUCUUCAAGCUUUCCCGCCAUUCCAAGGGGCUGCAGAUCCUGGGUAAGACUUUGCAGGCAUCCAUGCGGGAGCUGGGGCUACUCAUCUUCUUCCUCUUCAUCGGAGUCAUUCUCUUCUCCAGCGCCGUCUACUUCGCAGAGGCAGAUGAUGAUGACUCGCUCUUCCCUAGCAUCCCAGAUGCCUUCUGGUGGGCUGUGGUUACAAUGACCACGGUAGGUUAUGGGGAUAUGUACCCCAUGACUGUGGGGGGCAAGAUUGUGGGUUCAUUGUGCGCCAUUGCUGGGGUUCUCACCAUUGCUCUACCAGUACCGGUCAUUGUCUCCAAUUUCAACUACUUCUACCACCGAGAAACAGAACAGGAAGAGCAAGGCCAGUAUACCCACGUCACCUGUGGGCAGCCUACACCGGACCUGAAGGCAACGGACAAUGGGCUUGGCAAACCUGACUUUUCCGAGGCUUCACGAGAACGGCGGCCUAGCUACCUUCCAACUCCACAUCGAGCUUAUGCAGAGAAAAGGAUGCUCACUGAGGUUUGAUGGAUGCAGGCAGGGCCUGCAGGAAAAUGGGAGCUCUGAGCAAGCCAUCUCUCAGGCUUCCUUCUCAUGCUCACUACUCCCGCCCUAGCUCCAGAGGACCUCGAACCCCCUCCCCCGUACCCAGUACACGGCAUCCUGGACCAAAUACCUGGACUGUAGACUGUUGCUCAAUCCUCGCAGCAUUCGAGGUUUCUCCAUCUUAGUGACAUUUUGGAAAUUUCAACGGUGCCGCCCAGUCAUACCCAUCUAUCAAGUGGAUGAGAUACACAUUUCUGCCUGACCUUCCCUCAAGACUGACUCUUCAUGCCUGGGUCUUGUAAUAUCACUAGGAAUGGUGACAUUAAUAGAAUAGGAAGCAGCUCUACUCAGGUCUCUUCUUCAGCGUCCUUUGCUUUGGGUCAUGCACCUUCCUUAGCUUCUGGCCACUUGGUCACUGACAGAAUCUGGAGACUGGAAAAGAAUUCAACUUGCUGUUUUAGCUCAGUGCCCCAUCCACCUUCUGGCUGGGAGAGCUGUCAGCUGCACAGUUAUUCAUGCCUAAAUUUGGAUGGGAUUAGAGCAAACACUACCCAACUGGAUUAUCUGAAGGACCUAAGGGUCAGUUCUAGACCAAAGGGGCUGGUCGAUUCCUCUAAGUGUGAUCUGGCACAGGAGACCCUGGCUGGGGUCCACAUAAAUCCUCUCUACUCGAAUUCUCUGACUCCCUUGAGCUUCCAGGAAGACUCCUUCUCAGAGCCAAAUAUUCUUUGUGCGAGCAUCUUUGUGAGCUGAGGAACUGGAAAAUGGAACUACAGAGCCAGGAGAGAAGGCUGACCCAGAGCCAAGUGACUGGCUGGGCCACAUAUCUGACCCUAGGUGCCACUUAGCAGAGACUGUCACCUUGGACAGGCAGAGGGACUCUGCUGCAGACAGCAGCCAAUUCUCCUUAGUUAGCCCAGACCUCUCUAAGGUAUCCUCCACCCUACUUCCUGGGACCUAGGAUUGCAGAUGACUUUGUUUUUUGUUUUUUUUUUUAACAAAGCAACCUCAGCUUUAUCCUGCAGACAGGUGAGUUCACACAUUGAAUGCCAGCAUAGCUCUCCUCCCCUGCCACGGGCAACAGCACUUGGUUUGGAGCCAGAAACAGGCAUACGGUCAUUUUGUUGACAGCCUCACUCUUAGGGGAUUUUGCUGAGUCAAGCAAACGUUUGUCUGUUCUGCUCUUCCUUUGGAGCUGCAUUUGGCCUGCUCUAACUGCAAAGGUAACUCGGUAGUUCCCACUUGGACCAAGCCAUCUUCUCCCAUUGUGAAACCACCACCACCCCUUCCAGCUACCUACUGCCCCCCUCCCCAAGUAACAUCACCCUUCAGUUUUGCCUUUGACAAACUGUGAUGUACUGUUUUCAGUUCUCACGGGUGCAGUUCUGAACCCCAAAGGACUGUUCCGGUGUUUUUUUUAAUUUUAUAUGGACACUUUAAGACUCUUUAAAGGGAAUGCUUUUUAAAAAGGUUUUUCUCGAAGAGCAACUUACAAAGGGACUGACCUGGGGGUUGGCUUGAGAGCCACUGUGGCUCCAGUGAGUGACAGAUCACGAUCUCGGUUUUGCCACAGCUUUACAGGGUAACUUUGGUGUCACAGUCCCUCUUUGUGCCUCAGUUUCCCCAUCCAUUAAAUGAGAAUAUUAAUGUCUUCCCCUCCCUACCUCAUGGGGAAUAUCAAUAAACUCACCCCGGAAGGUGGGGAAGAUGUUAUGCAAGUGUGUGAAUUAUAGUAAUGGAUUUGAGUUUUAGUUCAUUAUCCUGCCUUCCUGUCUCCCAAAGGCAAGGCCUUUCCCCAGAAGUUUCCACCUUGCAUCCAGGGCCCAAGACUAGGCCAUUGUUAGACCAUUAGCUCUCUCAGUCUCUCACUGGCCUUUUGGGCUGGGCCUCCAUCCUCUCCCUUAUCCUUCAGAAUGGAGUGUAUUCUUGAAGUAGACUUGGUGGCCAGAGGUCACUUUACCUAGGAGACUGACUUCUCCAAGCCUGGAAUAUAGUAAAAGACAGGGAUAUUUAAGGUUCAGAGACCUAAUUCCAAUGCCAGAAAGAAAGUGCUUUUCAUGUCCAACCACUUUAGUCACUCCUGAGCCCACCCCGGUGGCCAAAGGGAUGCCCCUAGCUGAGGGUGAGUGUGGGGACAUGUGUGCAUGGAUCUCUGUGUGUGUAUAUAUCGUUACCCUCAUCACUGUCCUUGUCCUUCCGCAAACAUUGCCUUUUCAAGUCAGAGCAUGCCUGAAAGUGAAAGGUUUGUGGAGAGCCAGGCUCUCCAGGGACUCUGGUUGCCGUAGCAACCUUCCAGACUGUUCUCCCUACUGAUCUGGGUAUCAAGGGAGAAUAGACUACACAUCCCAGCUUCUUAAGUGGGAGCACCUCCCUUCUAUUGGUUUAGGCAUUGGUAGAACUAAAGACAAGGACUCAGGACCUUUGAAAAUGUGGAGGAAGUAGAUUCUCAACACUUCCUGCCUGAAUCUCUUUUUCCUGGUUCCAUAUCUGGUCCCUGAAGCUGCCACAUCUUACUCCCGAGUCUUCAGAAACUUGAAUGCUUAAAAGCUGCCCAAUGAAGCCAACAGCAACGUUAAGGUUUUCGAAAGGAGACCUCAGAGAGGGUACAAAAUGUCCCUUCCACAGCAGCCAGGCCGGGCCUUGAGGACAUGGAUGACACCAGUCUGAGGUGUCAUGGCAUUCUUGUCUUAGAUGCAGGCUUUUCCCAGAUCUAAGAGAGACCAAGAAGAGUGAAAUCUCUCCCUCCCAGGGAGCAACGUUUCUCCUGGCAAGAAGCUCAGAGGUGGCUCUUAGGAUGUCAUACAGAAGUUGAGAAGCAGUGUCCCAAUCUAGUUUUUGUGGAGAAUUUUGUCCAGUGACCCCUCCCUGUUUCUGAGCCUCUAUGUGGACAUUGUAACCUUGGCACCAGGAGUUAUAUGCACCGUGUGCUGCCUCAACAGCUGGAAUAGGAUCACAGCUGCCCAAGAAGGUGAGUCCAAGCCAUCCUAAUAACAGACUUAAGCCAGUGUGGGCUCCCAGAAGACUUCUUGGGACUGCCAAUUUCUGCAUGGGAUGAGGACACUCCUCCCGCCUAGCAUCCCAGAGGAGCAAGGGACAGCUGGCCUUCCUUGAACCCGAGGGUCGUCCUGCAUGUGGACCACUCGGGGAAACCUAUGCACACCUCACCGAGAGCGGCUGGACAAAGAACACCUGACCUUCAAGUUCUCUGGAGGUUGAGACUCCCCUCCCCACUGCAUGACUCAGCAGGACAGCCCUUGGUGCCUUCCAGGAGCAGAGACUGGGACAGAAAGGGCUGAGACAGGGGAGUUCCUUGCAGUUAAAGAUGGGAUUCUGAAUGCUGGGGAUGGGGCCAUAGGAGGAGAGUGAGAGCUGAUGGUAUGAUCAAAAGAGAAAGGGUGUUGGGAUGAUAUGGGAGCAUACGAAUCCAGGACUGUGCUGCAGAGGCACCCAGGCACGGGCUGGCUGUGGAAGAGGAACUGAUAAAUAAAUGGCAGUCUCAGAG